AUGGUCGAUCUCCCGGUGUCGCCUGUGGAACCGCUGGCCAUAGCAUUCUCACUCGGCGAUCCCGCGACACGGUUUCAACAUCUUCCACCGAUCCAACUCAAGUUUGAUCUUCCCGAAGCGUAUCCCCUCGAAGCUCCACCAGUGAUUGAACUCACCACCUCACCGGCGUGGCUGCCGACCGAAAAGCUUGAGGUGCUUAAAAAGGAAUGUCUUGGACUGUGGGAAGAGUAUGGCCAUGGCCAGGUGGUGUUCGCUAUCAUCGACCAUGUGCAACAGCGUAUUGAGCGGGGUCUAGGUAUAAGUGGAGCACUGCUGGUUCCGGCCGAGCUGCAGGAGGAACUUGUUGCCUUUAACCAGGAGACGAAGCGGAAAAAGUUUGACCAGGAGACUUAUGACUGCGGGAUAUGUCUGGAGCCGAAGAAGGGAGUGCUUUGCCACCAGCUGCGGUCCUGUAUACAUGUUUUUUGUCGGCCGUGUUUACGAAAAAAGAAGGCUUUGGCCGCCGACCCGAAGACAAUUUACUGUCCCCGACAAUGGUGCCAAGCUCCAUCGCGGGCGUCGGUGGAGAAUGUAGAGGCUUCGAUGAAGAUUAUCCCACAACCGAUUGAAGAGCAUGUGUACGAGGCGGACAGCAAGAAAAAGGUGAAAGAAACGGUCUCACCGUUAAAAGAAAAGCUCCAGGUGUGCUCGACUUGCUCGUUGGCAUUUUGUUCGAAGUGUUUGGCAUCAUGGCACGGCGAUUUUCAGAUCUGCAAGCCUGCUGAUGGUACAUUGACGGAGGAGGAACUUGCGAACGAGAAAUUCCUCCGGGAAAACACCACACCAUGUCCAACUUGCGAGACCCCCGUUCUUAAGAGCCAUGGAUGCAAUCAUAUGAUCUGUACCUGUGCCACGCACUUUUGCUUUCUUUGCUCGGCAUACCUGCCGGCUGAAAAUCCUUACUUUCAUUACAAUACCAUCGGCACCGACUGCUACCAGCGAUUGUGGGAGGGCGAAUCUGGGGAUAUCGAAAACCAGCGGUUGAUUGAGGCGGGGGUAAGACCACUCGGAUCUGAAGAAGAAUAG